GACUGAUGGCUGCCCGUUCUUGCAUCAUCAGUGCUUUGAAUUUAUCAGAAUUUGUGGGUUUUUAUUUGUCCAUCCGCCUCUUAAGGAUUGACCAGAAGUUCUCAAUGGGAUUAUGGUCUUGGGAGUUUUCUGGCCAUGGACCCAAAAUGUUGAUGUUUUUUUUCCUGAGCCACUUAAUUAUCACUUAUGCCUCAUGGCACGGUGCUCAAUAAUGGUGGAAAAGGUAUUGUUCAUCACCAAGCUGUCCUUGAAUGGUUGGGAGUAGUUGGUCUCAGAGGAUGUUUUGAUAUCAUUCUUUUAUUCAGUUCACAAUUUAUUUCUUUUACUGUGCUGUACAUGCGUUAUCGGUGUCCUCUCCGCGCGGAUAGAUGUGAAAGCGCAUAAAGCACACGGGAAUCGGAUUUUCACAAUGAUCUGAAUUUUCACUACAGGAGUUUGCAGCUGAUGUGUCAUGGCAAGUGUAGGCGAAGGUCACCGUCAUAUGCGUUCUUGGACGUUAUAGUAUGGACAGUGAUUUUUGUGUAAACGAUGCGAAUACAACAGUGCGUGCAGAGGUUUAGUUAUUACAUGAAAACGUGGUAAUUUGACGUCCUUGAGCUAUCGGGACCGGUUUUGGAAAGGACAACCCUAUAAACCGGCCAACCUACUGUACGAAAACAAAUCACAGGCGGCAAUAAGCACAAAGCUGUAAGUAAGCAUCCACCCUCUAGAUGGCAGCAACCAAUCAAUGAUAGUGGAUUGAGUGCGCCAUUCAAUCAGUUAAGAGACUUGAUAGUCGCGUGAAGCCACGGUUUGGUGCGGCUGAGUGGGUUUUAGCCUCUUGUCGCUUGAAGGCCUGGAAACGAUGGACGUCACCAUGUCAUCUCUUUUCUUUAAUGACGAGCUGAGCUCCACCGUGGAGCAGGCGGUGAAGACUGCCGUGCAGACUGUGUUGUGUGAGGUGACCGUUCUCCUCAGCAGACAGCUGUCCGCCCUUCGCCUUGGUUUAUCUGAGAAGGAACACGAAAUCCUGCGGCUUACGGAGAGACUAGAAGCCCUGCAGAGUGUGAGCAGCUGUGGUCUUGAAGCUCACCGCGGCUCGGGGUUCGCGGGACCAAGGCGGCCGCGCGAGGAUAUUCGCCUGUGCUCAUCUCCUGUUGAAAUCGUCCUCCCCGCUUCUCCAGAAGAAUGCAGAGAAACGCUACCUCGGGCGAUGAGGAGUGUCCGUCCGCGGGUUCGGCACUCCGCCCACAAGCAUCCUUCGGGACUCCGAGCGCCACCAGCCGACGGCGAUGCCUGUAGCGUGCGACUCGAACAGCCGAGCCGCUGGAUGACCGGAGACAGAGACAAUGAAGGCUUCACAGAGAAUGUCCUCUGUCCAGAAUCAAAUCGGCUCUUAAGUGAUUUAUGUGUCACUGUUUUUGAUGGCAAGCAGAAUCUGGAAAGUUCUCAGAUUAAAGAGGAUGUCCUUUUCCAAGAGCAUUUCCAGAUUAAGGGAGAGAAUCGAGCCAAGCAAAGGUCAGGCCUUAAAAUUCACCCAAAUGUAGAAGAAACUUGUAUCUUAAUCAAAGAAGAGGACUCUGAUUUGGAAUCCAUCUGUAUUGGUGAGAAUAAUACUGAAUUAGAAUCCGCUACUGUGAAGGAAGAAACACUUAGACUGGUCGAGGUUUCCACAAAUAAAAAAGUUUCAGAAUGCCGUCCAGUCAAAAGUAAAGAAGAAAAUAUGGAAAUAGGCUUAGUUAAAAAUAACAAUAUAAUUACAAAAUCUUUAAAAGGUACUUGUGUGACUGAAACUUCUGUUGGGUAUGUGAUAAAUCGAAAAGUGCACCCAAGAAUUUGCCAAGAGGACACAUGUUACAUCUGCAGUGAAUGUGGUGCUAGUUUUGGCUUGCCUUCUUCACUCAAACAACAUCAGCGUGUUCACAACAUGGAAAAAAUAUAUCGCUGUGCUCAGUGUGGUGAGAAAUUUAGUCGUACAGAAAUGCUGAAGCACCACAGAAGAGUCCACAUGGGAGAGAAGCCUUUUCCUUGCCCUCAGUGUGGUAAAAGAUUUAGCCAGCUAAAACACCUCAAAGACCACCAACUGAUUCACAUGGACACAAAGCCAUAUAGUUGCGGUGAAUGUGGGUUUAGCUUUAUUCGCCUGGGUACUCUCAAAAGGCAUCAGAAAAUCCACACUGGGGAAAAACCUUAUCCCUGUAAAGAAUGUGGCAAAAACUUUAGCAGGUUGGAGACUCUUAAAAAACAUCAGCGUGUUCAUACUGGGGAGACACCAUACCAUUGCAGCCAGUGUGACAAAAGCUUUAGUCAGCUAGGAACCCUAAAGACACAUCAACGUAUCCAUACUGGAGACAAGCCCUAUCAGUGCUCUGGCUGUGGGAAGAGGUUCACAUUUUGUAGCCAACUAAAAAUGCACAAAUGUCAGAUUGUAAAAUGGAAAGUGUGAAAUGCAUCUGCAUAUACAUCAAUAUCCAAGUUUAAUUGAUAGAUGCAUUUUUUAUUUUAAAGGAAGAGGUUCACACUUUAUGACAUGAGGGCUCAUUGUAUCAUUUACCAGUGUUGAGGAUGGUGUUGGACCAAAAUGGCUGUGAACUGCUUAGCUCUGUGGGUAUAUCUAUGAAUGGAAUGUGCCCAGUUCUGCUGGGUUGGCUCUGGACCAUAAAUUGGAUUAAGUAGGUUAAAAUGUUUCUGAAUGUUAGGUAGAAUUCAUAUCACUAUGUUAAUAUGCGUACUUACUUUUCAUAUUUUUCAUGAUUUUUUUUUUCUUCUUUAGAGUUAUACUUUUUAGAAGUGAGCAGUACAUGUUACUGAUUAACCAUGGUACCAACAGUGCAGCAAUGAAAACGAAAAUAGAAAUGAAUGCCUUCUUGAGAACACCACCUUCAUAUGCUUGGCCAUUUUCUUUCAUACUCGAAGGAGGAGGAGGUGGUCUGAGGUAUUAUUUUUAUGUGUUGGUGUCCAAGACAGGAAUAAACAGAUUGUUAAUAAUGAACUUUGUCACCUCCAACCUAUCCUGGAGGUUACACUUUACAUAUUCAUUGCUUCCUACAUUUAAAAAAAUGCAAACAAUAGAAAAUACAGUAUGUCUGAAAGUUUAUGUGAGAAGAAUUGCUGAGACACUCAGUUUACUGAGGACUUGUUGUAAUGGGAAGGAGCAGCUUAGACUUGUAGGUUAUAUAAUCAGGACUUUGGCAGGUUGCAAAUAUGGAGGUGAGGCAUCUAACUUGUUUAUCUAAUUCAGGGCAGUAGGAUACAUAGUCUAACAUGGAAGCACUGAGAGCGAGACAAUAAUUAGACUGGAUAAAACUAGAUUACAAUUGCAACCCGCUGGGCUGGCUACUUUGACCAUCCGUUUAAACCUCAUCUUCCUGCUAGGAUGUUGGACAUCUCUGGGUCCACGGAUCUUAAGGCUGAUCUUCUAGGUGUGAUCCACCCAGUCUCAUUGAGAUUGCACAGGUGGUGAACCAGCUGAGGGUAGGGAAGUCUGCAGGGAUCUGUGGUAUCCAGGGUGAA